AUGAGCUGCUGUGGCUGUUCAGGAGGCUGUGGCUCCAGCAGUGGGGGCUGUGGCUCAGGCUGUGGGGGGUGUGGCUCCAGCUGUUGCAAGCCUGUGUGUUGCUGUAAGCCUGUGUGCUGCUGUGUCCCUACCUGUUCUUGUUCCAGCUGUGGGGGCUGUGGCUCCAGCUGUGGGGGCUGUGGUUCCAGCUGCUGCCAGCCUGUGUGUUGCUGUAAGCCUGUGUGCUGCUGUGUCCCUACCUGUUCUUGUUCCAGCUGUGGGGGCUGUGGCUCCAGCUGUGGAGGCUGUGGCUCCAGCUGUGGGGGCUGUGGCUCCAGCUGUGGGGGCUGUGGUUCCAGCUGUGGAGGCUGUCUGCUGCAAGCCCUGCUGCUCUUCAGGCUGUGGGUCUUCCUGCUGCCAGGGCAGCUGCUGAAGCUUGUUCCAAUGUCUCCAUGUGUUGCCAUUGCAAGAUUUUCAACUCAAAACUGGAUUUUAGUGCCCAUGAAGAGGCCAUCUGCUCCUCCACUGUGUGCUAACAAAUUCUCCUCUGCAGUCAUAUUACCUGUAGUGCCCUCACCAGAGCCCACCUACUUCCUGCAGGAAGAGACCCAGAGAUCUAGUAACUCCCUCAAGUCCUCCUUCACCCUGUCCUUCUCAUGGUGGAUUUCCUCCGCUGUCCAGCAGGUGGCAGCCAUACUGCUUUUAACCAUGACCUGCUGUGGCUGUUCAGGAGGCUGUGGCUCCAGCUGUGGGGGCUGUGGCUCCAGCUGUGGGGGCUGUGGCUCCAGCUGUGGAGGCUGUGGCUCCAGCUGCUGCUGCAAGCCUGUCUGUGGGGGCUGUGGCUCCUGUGGAGGCUGCAAGGGAGGCUGUGGCUCCUGUGGAGGCUGCAAGGGAGGCUGUGGCUCCUGUGGAGGUUGCAAGGGAGGCUGUGGCUCCUGUGGAGGUUGCAAGGGAGGCUGUGGCUCCUGUGGAGGCUGUAAGGGAGGCUGUGGCUCCAGCUGUGGGGGCUGUGGCUCCUGUGGAGGCUGCAAGGGAGGCUGUGGUUCCUGUGGGGGCUGUAAGGGUGGCUGUUGCCAGUCCAGCUGCUGCAAAACCAUGACCUGCUGUGGCUGUUCAGGAGGCUGUGGCUCCAGCUGUGGGGGCUGUGGCUCCAGCUGUGGGGGCUGCGGCUCCAGCUGCUGCUGCAAGCCUGUGUGCUGCUGCAAGCCUGUGUGCUGCUGUGUACCUACCUGUUCCUGCUCCAGCUGUGGGGGCUGCAGCUCCUGUGGGGGCUGCAAGGGAGGCUGUGGCUCCUGUGGGGGCUGCAAGGGAGGCUGUUGUCAGUCCAGCUGCUGCAAACCCUGUUGCUCUUCAGGUUGUGGGUCAUCUUGCUGUCAAUCCAGCUGCUGCAAGCCCUGCUGCUGCCAGUCUAGCUGCUGCAAGCCUUGCUGCUCUUCAAGUUGUGGGUCAUGUUGCUGCCAGUCCAGCUGCUGCAAGCCCUGCUGCUGCCAGUCCAGCUGCUGCAAGCCUUGCUGCUGCCAGUCUAGCUGCUGUAAGCCCUGCUGCUGCCAGUCCAACUGUUGUAAGCCCUGCUGCUGUCAGUCCAGCUGCUGCAAGCCUUGUUGCUCUUCAGGUUGUGGGUCUUCUUGCUGUCAGUCCAGCUGCUGUGCCCCUGUGUGCUGCCAGUGCAAGAUCUGA